AUGGUCAAUACUGAAAUACCCAAGAAUUACACAGCGUCUCCCUCGUCUUUUAGUGGGACACCACAUCUGACUAUCAAUCGUGAUGUUGCAGUCGAUCUCGACUCCAGCAAUGCAUUUGAAGGGCCUGAAAAGCUAUUAGAAGUAUGGUUCAGCGCUUCCUCCAACUCCCUCCCGGCAGCCUCUGCUCCGGUAGGGUUGAAAGUCGUACCUUCUGAAGUGUGGAAGGAUAUGCUCGAGCUGGUCAAUUGCAAGGUCCUUUCUAUCGUCGAAUCGGAACAUGUCGAUGCCUAUCUGCUAUCCGAAUCCAGCAUGUUCGUCUUUCCCCACAAGCUCAUACUCAAAACAUGCGGCACAACCACACUACUCAGCGGCUUGCCAAGAAUCCUCGAGAUCGCAGCCUUAGUUGCCGGAUUCCCGCAUGUGCUUGCCAAUCAAACCCUCGGAACGGGCACUGCAGCCAAACCAUACCGGGUUUUCUACAGCAGGAAGAAUUUUCUGUUUCCUGACCGUCAACGGGGACCUCACCGAAGCUGGAGAGACGAGGUCAAGUCACUCGACAGAUUGUUUCUUGGCGGCAGUGCUUAUAUGAUUGGUAAAAUGAACGGCGAACACUGGUAUCUGUAUCUUACGGAACCCAACACGAUUCUGACGCCUCCUGCAACACCCGAGAGACGUGAGACGGAGACGAAAUUCAUGGGUCUCCCAGUGUCAAAUGCAACCAUGAAGGUCUUCGAUCCAUACGACGACGACGACCAAGAUGAGACCCUAGAACUUCUUAUGACAGACUUGGAGCCAGAGAAUGCCAAGAACUUCUACCUGGACCACGCGAGUGCGGUCGCGGAGGGUCGAUACUAUCAAGAAGCACACAAGGCGCGCAUUGACGCCGAGAAGCACGUAGGAGAUAUCAACAGUUUUCCCUCGAAGCCCGCCAAAAUCCCGGACAAGGGGUACCUCAAGACCAUUGAUGAGAACGCCGACGUAUUCAGCAACACAUCCUCUGACCCUGGGGAUCUCAUGUCCGACGACUCCGAGCUUGAAUAUCCCGAAGAGCUUACGACGGAAGGACACGCCCUUGGUACUGUUGUUUCUGAAGUCUGUGGACUAGCCGAUGUCUACCCAACAUCGAAGUACCCGGACGCUCGAGUUGACGCCUACCUCUUCACCCCUUGCGGGUUCUCCGCCAAUGGCGUCAUCCCUGCUCCAAAUGGCCCCGAGGCCACUCACUACUUCACCGUCCACGUCACACCGGAGCCUAACUGCUCUUAUGCAUCCUUCGAGACCAACGUCCCCAGCAAGCAAACGGGUCGUGAAACGGCGGAUGUGAUUGAGCAGGUGGUCAACAUCUUCAAGCCCGGUCGCUUCUCGGUGACACUGUUCGAAGGCAAGAAGCUCGACGACGAGAUGGAUCAUAGCGCGAGCGAGAACGGCAACGAGACGGCCAACAAGAUCAAGGCGUUGGAGAAACAGGUGGCGAGGAAGGGAAGUCGUCUGGAUCAGAUCCGAGGUUACAGACGUGUGGAUCGGAUCGUGCACGACCUGCAGGGCUAUGAGUUGGUCUUCAAGUACUACGAGAGGUAUGAUUGGGAGGGUGGGGCGCCAAGACUGGGCGAGGUUGGCUUCUGA